UGUUGAGACAGAGAUAAAAAACUGCGGACGCCACCGUCAUCAUGAUUCGGACUACAGAAACUAGGACGUGACCCCUUACCGCUGCCCUCAUUUUUUCUGACUAGUUUAAUCCAACCGGUUCCCUGUUUACCGUCCGCACAGGGUCGCGGUUCCUCUGGGUUAUUUGGGUUUUUUGGUUUGCGCGCACCUGUUCGAGAUGUGGAGACCCGAGCUCGUGCUGCUGCUGCUCUGCUGUGGCGGCUUGUCUCGCGGAGACGCUCCCGCCAGCACAGCAACGCUAGAUUUCGGGCUCGUGCCCGCCGGAAUGUAUGAAACGGUAGCGUAUUAUGAACCGGGACCGAUCGGACUCUUAUUUAACAUGAUGCGCGCCUAUCUGCAUGUGGUUCAACCCAACCCAUUCCCUGAAGAUCUCAUCAUCGAUGUAGCAAAGGACAGGUUUGAAGCCAUCAAGUCUGACUACCAGAAGCCAGAGAACAUUGUUAUGACAUUACAGGUGAUUUACUACGAGCUGGGCUUUGUGGUGUGUGCCGUCAUUGGGCUCCUGUUCUUUGUGCUCAUGCCCCUGGUUGGCCUGCUCUUCUGUAUGUGCCGCUGCUGUGAUAACUGUGGAGGAGAGAUGCACCAGAGACAAAGGAAGAACGCUGACUGUCAGAGAGGGUUGCUCACCACACUUCUACUAACUACUACCUUCAUCAUCACUGCCGGGGUGCUGUGUGCAUAUGCUGCCAAUCAAAACCUGAGUUCUCAGCUGAAGGGCAUGAGGAGGCUGGUCAAUAGCAACCUGAGAGAUUUAUACACCUUCGCCAACGACACUCCAACACAAAUCGAUUAUCUGAUAUCCCAGUAUGGAACCGCCAAGAAGCAGGUGCUCUGUGAUCUAGACAAUAUAGGUCAGUUGUUGGCAGGAAGAAUACAUGAGGAACUGGGCAAAGUAGUGUUUCCUGUCCUGGAUGAAGCACUAAACAUGGCUGGAGUGAUGAAGGAAACAAAGGAGGCUCUGGACACUGUGAAUACAACAUUAGUGACUCUGCAGACGGGCACGAUGAAACUGCAGACUAACCUGAGCAUGGUGCGAAUGGGCAUCACGAACGCUCUCGAUGACCCGGUCUGCACUGAUACACUCUCGCCUGCUUCUCACGUUUGCCUUAACAUCCAUAACUCUCUUAGCCAACUCGAGAUCAGUGCCAACUACUCAAGGCUGUCUGGUGUAUCUAAGCAGUUGAGUAAAGUGAAUGACGUUCUAAAGAUCAACCUAAGCCAACUACUUCACAAGGGUCUUUUGGCUUUUAAUGACACCCCGGCUAUAGUAACAAACCAGACCAGAAAUGUAGCAGAAGGAGUGCGAGGUUUAUUGAAUAACAUCGGCAACAACAUCACCAGGUUCUCCAGGUUGUUCCCGAUUCAGGCUACUGUCAACAACUUUACAAUUUUUAUCAGUCACACACACUCACGCAUCGAGGACAUGUACCCAGAGAUUGACCAAAUGGACUUCUACAGGUGGGUCGGUUGCAUCACUCUGUGCUGUAUGGUGGCACUUAUAUUGGCCUUCAACUUCCUGGGGCUUUUAUGUGGAAUUUUGGGAUUUGACAGACAUGCCUCUCCGACCACUCGUGGCUGUGUGUCCAACACUGGAGGGAACCUGCUCAUGGCUGGUGUAGGUUUUAGUUUCCUGUUUUGUUGGGUGCUAAUGGGAGCAGUGACGGUCACAUUUUUGGUGGGUGGAAAUCUGGAGAAACUGGUGUGUGAACCUUUCCACUCCAGGCAGCUGUUUAAGGUGUUGGACACUCCAAAUCUGGUGCACCCAUCAUGGAAGAACUUCAUCCCUGGCUACCUGUACAAUGAUCCAAAUUUGGACCUUACUGUGGACAACCUUUACAGUAACUGUAAGGAGAACAGAGGGAUUCAUUCUGCCCUUCACCUGGAUAAAGUGUUUAACAUCUCAGCCCUGCUUAACACCAGCUUGUACACCAAGGAUGUGUCUCGCAAGUUUGAAAAUGUGAAGGUGGAUUUGAAAACCAUCACCUUGCUGGAGUCUGAGGGCAAACAGAAUUUUAUCAGCUUCACCAAGACUGAACUCACAGACAUAGACUUUGCUGCAUAUAUAGAGGAGCUUAAUAAAGGUGUUACCCGUGUUGACUUGCUGUCAUUCGCUACUGAUCUAGAAACUCAAGCUGAGCAACUGAAAAAACGCUCUGUACAAGAUUCAUUAAAGGCUCAGGCAAACACACUUCGACAGAUCCACAACAAACAGGUUAUCCCAAUUCAACAAUCCAUGAGCGCACUAAACCAAAGCAUCCGCUUUUUGGAGAGGACAGCUUCAAAUCUAUCAAAUAAAGUUUCAUUAAUACUCAGUGCCAUUGAUGCAGCACAGGAUCUUAUUUCUCAGAAUGCAACAUUUACUGUUACUCAGGAAACUGAGAAAUAUAAACAGUCCAUCAUUGGCUACUUCAAACAAUAUGUAGACUGGGUCAAAACAUCGCUGGCGAUGGAGGUGGCCACCUGUAAACCUCUCAGUAACAUUGUGGACACUGCAGAGAUUCUGGCCUGCAGCUUCUUCUUGGACUCAAUGAAUACGUUUUGGUUUGGCUUGGGCUGCUCAACUCUGUUUCUGCUGCCCAGCAUUAUCCUGUCUGUCAGACUGGCCAAGUUCUAUCGCAGGAUGGAAACAGAAGAUGUCUAUGAUGACAUUGACACAAUUCCCAUGAAGAACCUCCCUGCCUAUGAUACUAUGACUCGAUUCCCACGAGCCUCGGCACCCCCUCGCCACAGCGACUGGUGACACCAAUGAAAAGACUUUGUUGAUUCCUCUGCUUCAUUCAAAAAGUGCAACUUGAAACUGGAACUAAAGCUCUACACUACUUUUUACCUGAUCAACUGGAGGACCAGUUCAAAGAAAGGAUGCCAUUUAAAGGAGAUGCCUAGACACACUGCCACAAUCUGGGCUUUAUCUUCAUUCUCUAUUGUAUAUUUUGCACAAAUGUAAACUGUAAGUUAGACCUGCUGAGAAUAUCCUAACUCAUGGAUAUUUUUCUUGAAGACCUUAACGCCUGUAUCACAUCAGAUCCUUACAGAACUGUUCAACCACAAUUUGCAUGAGUACUUGUUUACAGUCACUGAGUGGUCGGGUUUCCUCAGCUUUUACAUUCUGGACAAGUCUCUCAAAAUUUUGGUUCCCUCUGAACCCCUAAGAAUUUUUAAACACAUAAAAAAAACACUAUGCCAUCAAAUGCAGAUGGUCUAUGAGCCAAUAUUCUAUUUAAAAUUUUAUAUACAAACCCCAAUUUCUGUUAAGUUUAGGAUAUUUUGUAAAAUGCAAAAAAAAGAAAAAUCUGUGAUUUGUUAAUUCUCUUUAACCUUUUUUAACUAAUCAAAAUACAAAGAAAUUACAUGUAAUGUUUUGGCUGAUAAACUUGAUUUAUGCCUGC